ACAGGAGCUACCAGAGGGUGGAGCAUGUGCUUGGGGGGGUUCGCGUUUUGCAGGCUAGCAGACAGACAGAUAGACAGUGUAUAUACACAAGGCCAACGAAGGUGUCAUGGGCGUAAAAUUCUAGCGUUUAAGGAAGAAAAGUGUUUGUAGCAAAAUUCUGUGGAAAAACCUUUUAAUUUUUCAACAAAAAGUCGUUGGGUUUGUUUCCUCUUUUGUAAUAUACAGGAUAUUAUCAUUCGGGUUAUUGAACUGCACGCUAACAGCAACGAAGUUGAUGUAAUUUACUAAGCGUAAACUAUUAUUGAUUGCACACCCAUGCAUAAAGGUGAAUGAAAAUCCUGCAAGUUCAUUCCCAUUUGGUGACUGUGUAAAGUUUAAAACCAUCCUACGAACAUUGGCAAGAAACUGUUAGCACAGAACGGCACGAUGGAUUUGAAACACAAAGUAGCAUUAGUCACGGGAGCAGCAACAGGCCUGGGACGAGCCUUCUGUGAGGAACUUUUAAAGUAUGGCGCAAAGGUGUCAAUAUGCGACUUGGACUCGGAUGCAGGCGAAUUGACGGCCAAAGAGCUGGAGCAUGAAUUUGGAGCUAAUCGUGUCCUAUUUUGUCACUGUGAUGUGACUGAUUAUGUUCAGUUCGAAGAGGCAUUUCAAUACACAAAAACCAUAUUCAACGAUAUCGAUAUAGUAAUUAAUAAUGCAGAGAUUAUGAACGAUAAAUUCUGGGAGCUAGAGGUUGAUGUAAACCUCAAUGGGGCAAUACGUGGAACGUUACUUGCGCAGCAAUUCAUGAGCAAGGAUAAGGGUGGAAAAGGUGGAGUAGUUGUAAAUAUUGGCUCCGCCGUGAGUGUGAAGCCACAGCUUUCCACCCCUAUCUAUACUGCAACCAAACAUGCCAUCCUUGGUCUAACGAAAUCGUGUGGCGAUCCGUACCAUUAUAAUAUAAACGGCAUUAGAACAUUCGCAUAUUGUCCGGGGCCAAUCGAGAACUCGUUCUCUCAUAAUAAGCGUUUCAGCUCCCCUGCGCAUGAAAAAGCAUGGAAACUGGACAUGUCUGGUUUUCAAUUUCAAAAGCUGGAACACGUAGCGCGAGAGCUCAUCCCUCUGCUGAAAAAUGCAGCAACUGGUUCAAUUUGGCUUGUAAGCAAUGGAAAACCUCCUAAGGAGAUAACUUACAGUAGCAUUUAAGUCCAGGUCCACUGCUAUCCAAACCAAAUUUCUACACUUUAAUAAAAUUACCAUUAGCUAUGGAAUAAUCGUCACACAUCGUAAGGAACGUCAUCAAAGCUGAAUCUUAUUUACCGUAAUGCAUUUAACUAAACAGAAAAUCUACUCGCAGAGAUGCACACUACCAACAAGAACUCAAUAUGUCUCCUAAAUAGUAUGUAAUAAUGGCUUGCUUUUUAUGCUAUACACACUCUUUGAGUAUCAUUGGAAUGAAAAAGAGAAUCAAUUUUGUAAAACAUUGUUGAUUUAUAGACAUCAAAUAUCACUAGCACACGAUAUCCAUGAAAAGCAAAACACUGCAAUGACAGAAAGAAAUAUAUUUAUAUACAUGCCAAAGCCACGCAAGAUUGGAAUCAUUAUUAUCGCUUUUGAUAAGUACUGCAAUAAAUUAAUUAAAACAAAACAACAUUGAA